UUCAAGGCUGCCCUGUCGCAGCCGCUUGUUCUCUCUUCCGCCUGUUUUCUGGGAGUCCUUCUGUCCCGCUCCCACCCCCCGGGUCUCUCAGCAGUCACGGCGGGAGUGGGUGUGUCGAUGCGAGGCAGCGUAGUUGGUGCUCGUGCGCACUCUGAAAAAGAGGAAAAAAAGUUGGUGAUGAGUUUAGAGUGAAGAGCCGCCCGCCUCGGAGCAGGCUAACAGUCCAAGAAUGGCAGUUUGGACCAGAGCGGAUAAAAACGGUCAACUGGACCUUCUGCUCCGGGACCGCUGGAUCCGAGUGGCCGCCGAACUCACGCGAGAAACGCUGACUUUAACGGCCGAAGCAGAGGUAACCGGACAGGGGGGCGACCACUGGGACUACUCUUCCGCUGGCUUGCGAAAUGGCAUGUCGAACGGAAACGACCCGGGAGUGGGUCUGGGGAGCCCUGGCCGCAGUCCGUCACUGGGUCAAGACCAACUUCAGAACCAUGGGGUUCGCGGGCGAAAUGGCAGUCCGGGUCGAGGAGGCGUCAGUCGGGGUCAGUACGAUGGAAACCACGGUGUAAACAGCGCUGGGAAGUACCCGAUUAACGGCACGAACUCUGACUUCGGAAGCCCGGGUUCCAGCUACGGCAGUCCGGGGUCAAGCUUCGGGUCGAAACAAGGCGACAUCCCGGUCAACCUGGACGGCUCCUCCGAAGCUGUGCGAAAAGUCCGAGUAGUCAAACAAGAAUCUGGCGGGCUCGGGAUCAGUAUCAAGGGGGGUCGCGAGAACCGGAUGCCCAUCCUCAUCUCCAAGAUCUUUCCCGGGCUCGCCGCAGAUCAGAGCCGGGCUCUCCGGGUGGGUGACGCGAUCCUAUCGGUGAACGGGAACGACCUCCGGGAGGCAACGCACGACAUGGCGGUCCAGGCGCUGAAGAAGGCCGGGAAAGAAGUGACGCUGGAGGUGAAGUACAUCCGUGAGGUGUCUCCGCUCUUCAAGAAGCCCUCCCUGGUUGCCGACCUGCCUUGGGACGGCGUUCGCCCGCAAUCGCCCAGCUACAGCGGCAGCGACGACUCGGGCUCGCCCAAACACAGCGGCUCCACCAAAGACAGGAAGGUCAUCAGCCUGAAGAUGUGCUUCAUCAGCAGGAACCUCACCAUGCCAGAUCUGGAGAACAGACUGCUGGAGCUGCAUUCUCCGGACGGCCAGCACACGGUGGUUCUGCGCUGUAAAGACGGACCGACCGCCAACUCCUGGUUCACCGCCGUACACACCAACAUCGCCGCCCUGCUGCCUCAAACCCUCGCACACGUCAACGCCUACCUGGGGGCUUCAUCUGCAGCCUCCACACACCCCCAUCUCAAACACAUCGGCUGGCUGGCUGAACAGAUCCAGCUGGAAGGCGGACGGCAGCAGUACCGGCCCGUUGUCAUGGCGCUGACAGAAAAAGACAUCCUUCUGUUUGAGUCGGUGCCGUGGAGCAGAGAGUCCUGGUCCAUGCCUCUCAUCACACACCCGGUGCUCGCCACCAGACUGGUCCACUCUGGAAGUGCGCAGGGUUCUCCAUCCCAGGGUUCUGACCUGGUGUUCGCCACCCGGACCGGCACCGGGCGGGGCGUAGAGUCCCACAUCUUCAGAGUGGAGACUCACUGGGACCUGUCCACGUGGACUCGCGCUCUUGUGCAGGGGGUGCACGCUGCUGCUGAGCUCAUCAAAGAAGUUUCCAUUGGCUGCACGUUGAACAGACAGGAUGUUCGGCUCAUGCUUCACUAUGAAAACGGCUUCACUGUGACGAGGGAGCUGGUGGACCAAACCGGGGGCUCCGUGCUCUUCAGGUACCCCUACAACAAGCUCAAAAUGUCCGCCGACGAUGGAAUACGGAAUCUUUAUCUGGACUUCGGAGGUCCUGAGGGAGAAAUGGUGUUCGACCUCCACUCGGGCCCGAAGCCUGUUGUGUUCGUCCUCCACUCCUUCCUCUCGGCGAAGCUCGCUCGUAUGGGCCUUCUGACGUGAAGCAUGUAACGGCGACAACAAAAACUUAAGGACUUCUUUUACAAUUUAUUACAUUUUGUCCAGUUUCCUAAAUCCCAGCUGCUGGUAGACCUGAGGUGGCGCUGCGGGGGGGGGGGGGGGGAGUGUAAGGCGUGGGUCAUUUUGCUUAUUGUCUUAAAAGUAUGCCUUCCAGCUUCCCGUCAGCCUCGGCAAUCACCUGUACUGCGAGCUGAGAUAACACGGAGGGCAGUAAGAAGACUUUUUCAACAAACAGAUGAUAGGAGUCUCAUAACAUUCCACAAAAUAAUGUUUUAAACUUUAUGUAAGGAAAGGUAAGAUGCAGUGAUGUGCUCAAGCUAUGGAAAAACCUGUGCACGCCAAGCACACGUUGAAGCAUGUCCAACAAAGGAAAAGUGUUUUUAGAUAAAUAACUGAGUUAAAUGCUCCUCUCUGCCUAUAAUUCCGUAACAGCCUUCCAACAUCCUUUAGGUGUUUUUUACAGCGUUUGUUUGUUGUGUCAGAAUGAGGAAGAUGCUGUUGUAGAGUCACGGUACAGUUU